AUGUUGCUGGUGCCCAAGCUGCGUUCGUUGGGUCCAGGCAUCGGCGACCUCUGCAAGACGUCGACGGUCGUCCUCACGUCCAUCUACGCCCAGUAUUAUUAUUCUGUGGCUUUGGACCGACGUUGGGACAUUGUCCAUUCCCUAGGUCGAGCUCGUCAUUGUUUGAUGAAUUCCAAGGACAAAGCCGCGAAUUACUUCGAAUUGACCCUUCGGGACACGGAUUGGGCCAACUUUACGAAGUCGUGGGACGUAGCGAUUGCGCAGGCGUUGGAGACGUCCCCCGAAGACCUUCAAUGGCUAAGCGUCCGCCCAUGA